UUGGCCUUACCCCGCCCGUAGGUCUGAUCGUACCACGGCCGCAAGCAGGCUUUCGUAAGGACUCAGUUGAUCACAAGAGAAGAAAAGAAAAGAAAUGAGCAGGGUGUUAGAGACAGGUAAUAGCAAUGCACAUCUACCGAGAAAACAAGUUGUUGUCCCCCCGAAGCGAAGGCGGACCAGGAUGCACCACAAGUGGAAUGACAAAGAGAGGCUGGAACGGGUUGGACAAGCGACGGAUUCGAACGAGCGCAAAGGUUACCCGGUGGGAUGGAUUCCAGAGGCGGGGAAGAGACGAAGGACAACCCGGCGAGGCCGAGGGAUUGCAGCUCGGGAUGAGGAAGAAUGCUGCAGUAUGUAAUUACAACCCCGCAGGAAGUUGAAUAAUUAGUAUUGCUGAGAGAAUGCCGUGGGUGGU